CUAUGAAGGAAGUCCCAACCUGCUGCUGGUGCCCAGAACAGCAAGUCCUUGAUCUGGAUCUGGUCAUGGAGGUGGAGCCUCCGCUUUACCCUGUGGCUGGGGCCGCGGGUCCUCAAGGGGAUGAAGACCGGCUUGGAGUUCCUGAUGGACCAGAGGCUCCUCUGGACGAACUCGUGGGUGCAUACCCCAACUACAAUGAGGAGGAGGAGGAGCGCCGCUAUUACCGACGCAAGCGCCUCGGAGUGGUCAAGAACGUGCUGGCGGCCAGCACGGGUGGCACGCUUACUUACGGCGUCUACCUGGGCCUCCUGCAGAUGCAACUGAUCCUGCACUAUGAUGAGACCUACAGGGAGGUGAAGUAUGGCAACAUGGGGCUGCCGGACAUCGAUAGCAAGAUGCUGAUGGGUAUCAAUGUGACGCCCAUCGCUGCCCUGCUCUACACACCUGUGCUCAUCAGGUUUUUUGGUACCAAGUGGAUGAUGUUCUUAGCUGUGGGCAUCUAUGCGCUCUUUGUCUCUACCAACUACUGGGAACGCUACUACACGUUGGUGCCCUCUGCUGUGGCUCUGGGCAUGGCCAUUGUGCCUCUCUGGGCCUCCAUGGGCAACUAUAUCACCAGGAUGUCCCAGAAGUACUAUGAAUACUCCCACUACAAGGAGCAAGACGAGCAGGGACCUCAGCAGCGCCCACCGCGAGGCUCCCACGCACCCUACCUCUUGGUUUUCCAGGCCAUCUUCUAUAGCUUCUUCCACCUGAGCUUCGCUUGUGCCCAGCUGCCCAUGAUUUACUUUCUCAACAACUACCUGUAUGACCUGAACCACACACUGUUCAACGUGAAGAGCUGCGGCACUAAGAGCCAAGGCAUCUUGAAUGGCUUCAACAAGACAGUUCUUCGGACGCUGCCGCGAAGCAAAAACCUUAUUGUUGUAGAGAGCGUGCUCAUGGCGGUGGCCUUCUUGGCCAUGCUGCUGGUGCUGGGCCUGUGUGGAGCCGCUUACCGGCCCACAGAAGAGAUCGACCUGCGCAGUGUGGGCUGGGGCAACAUCUUCCAGCUGCCCUUUAAACACGUGCGUGACUUCCGCUUACGCCAUCUGGUGCCCUUCUUUAUCUACAGCGGCUUUGAGGUGCUCUUUGCCUGCACUGGUUUCGCCCUGGGCUAUGGCGUGUGCUCCAUGGGGCUGGAGCGGCUGGCCUACCUGCUCAUAGCUUACAGCCUGGGUGCCUCAGCCUCCUCCGUCCUGGGGCUGCUUGGACUGUGGCUGCCUCGCUCCGUACCCCUCGUGGCUGGGGCAGGACUACACCUGCUGCUCACCCUUAGCCUCUUUUUCUGGGCUCCUGCGCCUCGGGUCCUCCAGCACAGUUGGAUCUUUUACUUCGUGGCUGCCCUCUGGGGUGUGGGCAGUGCCCUCAACAAGACGGGACUUAGCACACUCCUGGGCAUCCUAUAUGAAGACAAAGAGAGGCAGGACUUCAUCUUCACCAUCUAUCACUGGUGGCAGGCUGUGGCCAUCUUUGUUGUGUACCUGGGCUCCAGCUUGCCCAUGAAGGCCAAGCUGGCAGUGUUGCUGGUGACCCUGGUAGCAGCAGCCGCCUCAUACCUGUGGAUGGAACACAAGUUGCAGCAAGGACUGGUCCCGCGACAGCCACGCAUUCCGAAGCCACAGCACAAAGUCCGAGGCUACCGCUACUUGGAGGAGGAUAACUCGGAUGAGAGUGACAUAGAGGGCGAGCAGGGUCAGGGCGAUUGCGCAGAAGACGAAGCCCCACAGGCAGGGCCCCUGGGUGCGGAGCCAGCUGGUUGCUGCCGCAGAUCCUGUCCCUAUGAACAGGCUCUGGGUGGCGAUGGGCCGGAAGAGCAGUGAGGGAGCCAGGGUAGCUAGCCUGGUCCUUAGACUCAGCUCUCUGGCUUCCAGCUUCAAUUUACUUUGUCUCAGGUUGAGAAUUCCCCCUGAAUAGUGCUUCAUCUGCCAGAAGGGCCUUCUUUCCCCUCCCACAGACUGGCGGUCACCUGGAACUUCCUCUAAGGAGAUAAAGGUCACCCUCAAAACCCCUAUUCCUGUUUAAGGGAUGUGUCUCCGACUAAAUCAGUAAGAUUCCCUCCCGGCCUGCCUCAGCUCAGGUCACCCUCUGCCCCUGUCUUACCACUAGAGCUUUGCACAUUUCUUGCCCACAGGUUCCCCUACCUGAGGGCAGGGGGCUUCUUUAAAAAUAGAAAAUAAUCAAUAAAGACUUUUGUAUUUUCUGGAAA